GCGUCUUCUUUAGAAUUGCACGCUGGCAUGGCAUGACCUUAUGCUAUGCUACUAUUGCUCUAGUUAUAAGCUUAGAAGAGAAAAAGGUUUCAUUUUUAUUGAUAUUCUUGAACUUAUAAAAGAGAAGAAAAGAAAAAGAGUGACAUGGUUUUUUUUUUUAUUUACAUUUUUUUUUUCAGAUUGAGUUGUCUGGUGAAUGAUUGGCAUAUCUGCAGCUGAGAAGUAUCAUAAACUUUUUUAGAUUUCAGAUACCUUAAGAAGCGUCUGAUGAACUACUCAUAAGGAGAAGAGAAUAAAAAGAAUCAGUAGUCAUGAAGUUUAUGAAACUUGGAUCUCGCCCAGAUACUUUCUAUACUACUGAAGCUGUUAGGUCUAUCUCUUCUGAGGUUUCUAGUGAUCUUAUAAUUCAAGUCAAGGGAAGCAGAUAUUUGCUCCAUAAGUUUCCUCUUCUGUCCAAGUGUUCGAGGCUUCAGAAGUUAUGCUCUGAAUCUCCUGAGUCAUCUCAACACCAAAUAGUACAACUCCCUGAUUUCCCAGGUGGGGUUGAAGCAUUUGAACUCUGUGCAAAGUUUUGUUACGGUAUAACCAUAACACUUAGUGCAUACAACAUAGUGUCCACUCGAUGUGCCGCCGAGUAUUUGCAAAUGACAGAAGAUGUUGAGAAAGGGAACCUUAUUUACAAGAUUGAAGUUUUCUUCAACUCUUGCAUCCUUAAUGGAUGGAGGGACUCAAUUGUGACACUACAAAGCACAAAAGCUUUUGCUUUGUGGUCAGAGGACCUUGAAAUCACAAGCAGAUGCAUUGAGGCAAUUGCUUCCAAGGUCUUAACUCACCCCUCAAAGGUGAGCCUUUCGCAUAGUUACUCCAGGAGAGGUAGAGAUGAUGUCUCAUCAUGCAAUGGUGGAGAGAGCCAAAGACAUAGACAAACAACCAAAGGGUGGUGGGCUGAGGAUUUAGCAGAGUUGGAUAUAGACCUUUAUUGGAGAACUAUGAUAGCUAUUAAAUCAGGUGGAAAGAUCCCCACCAAUCUAAUUGGAGACGCCCUGAAAAUUUAUGCUGCUAGAUGGUUACCAAGCAUUCCUAGAAAUGGAUUUGUUCAUAACAAGCAUGGAGUGUCCGACUCUGACUCGGACUCUGAGUCAGCCAGUGAGGUAACUUCUAAGCAUAGGUUACUCUUGGAAUCUAUAGUGAGUCUACUUCCAGCAGAGAAAGGUGCUGUUUCUUGCAGUUUUCUGCUCAAACUUCUCAAGGCAGCCAAUCUUCUUAAUGCUUCUUCUUCUCCCAAAAUGGAAUUGGCAAGAAGGGUGGCACUCCAAUUAGAUGAAGCCACAGUCAGUGAUUUGUUAAUACCUUCUGGUUCUUACUCAAACAGCACACGUUUUGAUGUAGACAUAGUGAUGACUAUCUUGGAACAGUUCCUGUUACAGGGGCAGAGUCCUCCAACUAGUCCUCCUAGGUCCAAGUUUGGCUUUGAAAGGAGGAGGUCCCGUUCAGCUGAGAAUAUUAACUUUGAGUUUCAGGAGAGCCGGAGGUCUUCUUCUGCAUCACAUGGCUCAAAGUUAAAAGUGGCAAAGCUUGUGGAUGGCUAUCUUCAAGAGAUUGCUAGGGAAGUGAAUUUGUCUCUCUCCAAGUUCAUUGUUAUUUCUGAGUCUAUACCUGAUUUUGCUAGGAUUGACCAUGAUGAUCUCUACAGAGCAAUUGACAUUUAUCUUAAGGCACAUCCAGAUCUAAAUAAGAGUGAAAGAAAGAGAUUAUGUCGAAUUUUAGACUGCAAAAAACUAUCUAUGGAGGCUUGUAUGCACGCUGCACAAAACGAGUUACUCCCACUAAGAGUGGUGGUCCAAGUUCUCUUCUUUGAGCAAGCUAGAGCUGCUAUGGCAGGUGGCAAAGUGGCUGAACUACCCAGUAACAUAAAAGCACUUCUAGCCUCACAUGGAAUUGACCCAUCAAAGCCUCCACCACCAUUAAGUACCACAACCACCAUAGCAGCUGAUGAUCAAUGGAGUGUUUCAGGCCUUAAAUCACCAAGGUCCAAGAUUUCAACUUUAAGAAUGAAGUUGGCUGAAGAUGAUGGUUUGGAUGAAAAUUACAUGAACCCUGAUGGGAUUGCAAGAAGUUCUAGGCUUAAAAGUACUAUCUGUGCUCUUCCCAGUCGACCCAAAAGAAUGUUUAGUAAGUUAUGGUCAGCCAGCAGAACUCCUAGUGAAAAAAAUUGAGUGAAUUUUCUUCUUUCUUUCCUGGCUGGGUAUGGUAAUCAUAAGGGUAACAUAUACUCUGCUUUUUUUUGUUUUCUUUUUCUCCUUUCUUAAUUCAUGCGAAAAUCAAUCCCUUGUAACUUCUAGUAGGAAGAAAAAAAAAAAUUAAGAAUCCCAAUGCGCAUUAAUGUUGAUCGAUGUAAUCUAUAGUAAUAAGUAACAAGAUUUUCAGGAGUUGAGAUGGAAAAUCUCUUGCUGAAUCUUUAUUAGUUGUAAAUGACUAAUUGUGGGACCAAUUUUGUUGUGUUUGUCUAUAAAUCUGCAACACCUGUCUCUGUCUCUA